CCCGAAAAGUCAGGGAGGAAAUUGAAAGCGCGAACGAAUCAAACGAAGCAUCGAAUCGAAGGGACGCGUGGAGCUCGAGCGGACAGCGGGGAGAGGGGAGUGGCGACGGCCGGGUCGGCGAUGGAGGACGAGCAGCAGGCGGCGGGGGUGGGGAUUCUGCUGCAGAUAUCGAUGCUGGUGCUGGCGUUCGUGCUCGGUCACCUCCUCCGCCGCCGUAGGCUCUACUACCUUCCCGAGGCCAGCGCUUCCCUCCUAAUCGGUUUGAUGGUUGGAGGGCUUGCUAACAUAUCCAAGACUCAGAAAAGUACCAGGAGAUGGUUCAAUUUUCGGGAGGAGCUCUUCUUUCUCUUCUUGCUGCCUCCGAUUAUAUUCCAGUCUGGUUUCAGCUUAGCACCAAAGCCAUUCUUUUCAAAUUUUGGCGCUAUUGUUACUUUUGCAAUCAUGGGAACCUUCAUUGCCUCCAUUAUCACUGGUCUUCUAGUCUACCUUGCUGGGUUAAUAUAUCUUGUGUAUAAACUGCCGCUGGUCGAGUGUAUGAUGUUUGGUGCCCUUGUGUCAGCAACUGAUCCUGUAACUGUAUUGGCCAUAUUUCAGGAACUUGGCACAGAUGUGAACCUCUACGCAUUGGUUUUCGGUGAAUCAGUGCUAAAUGAUGCUAUGGCAAUCUCCUUGUACAGGACUAUGUCAUCUUUGAGGGCCAAUGCUUCUGCCCAGAACUUCUUUGUAGUUAUCUUGAGGUUUCUUGAGACCUUUUUUGGAUCAACAUCAACAGGUAUUAUGACAAAGUUUAUAUGCACUCGUAUGCUGAACAGAUUUCCUGCCCACGGUUUUGGUGUCUCAAUGCGGUCUGUUUCUCCUGGUCUUCAUUUUUUGCAUGUGUAUUUAAUACUUUAUGCGCAAUUAUCAAAAUGUCACUCGGUACCUGACUUUUUAACUGUUGCAGGUCUUGUUGUCGGAUUUACUUCUGCUUUCCUCUUCAAGUAUGCAGGACUGGGUAUUGAGAACCUUCAUAAUCUGGAAAGCUGCUUGUUUGUUCUAUUCCCAUACUUCUCGUACAUGCUAGCGGAAGGCUUUGGUCUAUCUGGCAUAGUCUCAAUACUUUUUACUGGAAUUGUGAUGAAGAGAUACACAUUCUCAAACUUGUCAGAAGAUUCACAGCAAUUCACUACUGCCUUUUUCCAUCUGCUUUCAUCAUUAGCAGAAACUUUUGUGUUCAUUUACAUGGGAUUUGAUAUUGCAAUGGAGCGUCAAAGCUGGUCACACAUUGGGUUCAUAUUUUUCUCAAUUAUCUUCAUAUUAGUUGCAAGGGCUGCAAAUGUUUUCUCAUGUGCUUACUUGCUAAAUUUGGUACGGCCACCCCACCAGAAAAUAUCCAAGCAAUACCAACUGGCACUUUGGUAUAGUGGGCUUAGAGGGGCAAUGGCUUUUGCACUCGCUCUUCAGUCAGUUCAUGAUCUUCCUGAGGGCCAUGGCCAGACAAUUUUGACUGCUACCAUAUCUAUAGUUGUUCUAUCAGUACUUCUGAUUGGAGGCUCAACAAGCACAAUGCUUGAAGCUCUACACGUUGUGGGGGAUAGUAAUAAUGAUCAGAAUCAUCAGUUUGAGGAGCAAGACAAUUUUGAUGGAAACAAUGUUGGUAAUAUUGGACAGCAUGGCGAGGAAAGCAGUACUGCUGCAAGCAGAUUCAAACUGAAACUCAGAGAGAUCCAGAGAAACACUCCCUCCUUCACCGCAUUGGACAGAAACUACAUUACUCCAUUUUUUACAUCCCAAAAUGGCGAUAGUGAUGAUGAGGAUCAGGAUCCCACGGAUGAAGCACCAUACAUAUCUAGGGAGCUGCAAGACAUGCAGAAUCAUGUAUGACUGGCUGGAUAGAUGAACUGAACAUUUCAGUUCGUAAGAAAUUACCAGCAGUUACCCUGUUAGGUCGAAGAUAUGGAUGACCAAUCUCCAAUGGCAUUUAGGCAGCACCACCAAUACUCCGACGAACAAAAUAGCGAGGAAAUUGGAAGACCUUAUAUGCAAUAGACUAGGAUAGAUCCAUACGUAAACAAACACAAUAGACAUAUACGACGCAUGAAUAAGUUGUUGCCAAUAGCACUUGUUUUUAGCUGCUUCUCUCAAGAGUUUUGAGCUUGACAUCUUGUGUGCAUCACCAUGCAUGAUAAGUUGUUACCAAUAGCAGUUGUUUUGAGCUACUGCUCUCAGGUUUUUUAAGCUUGACGUCUUGUGCA